AGUUCACGUUUCAAACUUGUAUAACAAACACGAUUUAUAUUACCAGCAGUAUAAAUAUACGAGCAAUUGAUUAGGAAGCUUUCAUUACGUGCAGUGAUUAAUGAUAGUUAACUCACAUCAUUUGAAUAAAUAAUUAGUUGUCUAUGAAUUUUUAAUUAAUAAUUAUAAUAUUUGGAUUAAUAAUUAUCGGUUUUGUUGUGUUAAUUGUUGCAAGAGGAUAACAAGAGAUUAGGAAUGAACAAUUAUUAAACAAGUAAUUAUAUACCUAAAUAAUUAUUUGAAGAAAAAGAUACAAAGAAGGUAGAAGUGUGAUUAGUGGAGAAACUAAAGGAGCAGAAUGGAGAAGAACGUGGUUUAUGCUCCACCUUUAAACGACGUACCGAACGUUUCCCUCAGCCAAUAUUUGUUAGACAAGCUUAGGGCGAACGCAAGCCAGAUCCUUCAAAUCGACACUCAAACUGGCCAAGUGUACACGUAUAGAGAUAUUUUGGAAAAAAGUAUAAUUUUGAGUAAUACAUUGAAGGAUUAUGGAGUCAAACUGGAGGACAGAAUUUCGGUGACUAGUGAAAAUCACCCUAAUUAUGUGGUAGCACUGUGUGGAGCUUUGUUUACUGGUGCCACGUUCGCACCGUUAAAUCCAGAUUACACUGAGAGAGAGUUUAGACGCAUGUUGGAACUAUACCAACCCAAAAUAAUUUUCGUUUCCCAAAAAACGGAGGCCUUGCUAUCAAAAAUCGCAGCUACCCUAAACUGGAAUUUGAAGAUCAUCCAAUUGGAGGAUCAGCCACUUAACAAAAACAUAAUAACAGUGAGGCAAAUUUUGGAGAAACAGAAAGACGCAGUCAAUUUUGAACAUUUCGUGCCUCAAUUCAUCGACGAUAAUGCCAGGCGAGUGGCUGCCAUUUUUUGUUCCAGCGGCACUACUGGUUUUCCGAAAGGCGUGAUGCUGUCGCACAAAAAUUUAGUCACGUUCAUUUACAGCUUUAGGACGCCAUCAUUGUUGGAACUUAGAAAUGGGGACCGAACACUGUUGUUCCUUCCACUAUUUCAUGGCUAUGCCGUUGGUAUGAUAAUAACAAGUAUAGACGCGGGUGCAGCCAUUUGCCUUAUGAGGAAAUUCAAUAUGGACGAUUUUCUGGCUACCAUUGAAAAAUAUAAGGUUACUAUGUUGCCAAUCGUACCACCAAUUUUGGUAGCAAUGGCGAAACAUCCUAGGUUGAAGAAUUAUAAUUUUGGGAGUGUCAGAGAAAUUCUUUGCGGGGCUGCACCAUUGCCGAAGGACGUUUCUGACGAUGUCAAAAGGUUAACGGGAAUAAAAUACGUCCGCAACGGUUAUGGAAUGACAGAACUGAGUAUCAUCACAAAUCUAAGUGAGAGAUCGUGCAUUGACGACACUGUAGGCCCAAUAAUGCCCGGAUUCAAAGGUAAAAUAGUGGACACGAUCACAGGCGCCGCUCUACCACCCAGGAAAAUUGGAGAAGUUUGCCUAAAAGGCGACCAAGUUAUGGUGGGAUACUUCAAAAAUCCAAAGGCCACUGCUGACACGAUUGACAAAGAUAAGUGGCUACAUUCUGGGGAUCUAGGAUAUUUUGACGAAAACGGACUGCUCUACAUCACUGGCAGAAUAAAGGAAUUAAUAAAAUACAAAGGGCAUCAGGUGUCGCCAUCGGAAAUAGAAGCUGUGUUGCUAACUCACCCAGGUGUGAAGGACGUCGCGGUGAUUGGCAAGCCUGACUUAGCCGCCGGGGAACUUCCAAUGGCAGUCAUCGUGAGGCAACCUGGGAAAAAUUUAACAGCCAAUGACAUGAUUGAAUUCGCUAAGAAGAGCAUGUCGCCUCAACAGUGGCUAAGAGCUGGAGUCAAAUUCAAAAUGGCAGAAGAAAUGGACGUUCGAACGCAUCUGACGCAAUUCUAUGACGCCAUCGAUAAGCUUCAAGCCAUGAACGUCGAAAUCAACGGCGAUCUGCUCACCGUGAUGAUUUUGAACAGUCUACCGGCUAGUUUCGAGACUUUUCGUAUCGCGAUGCUAUCCAGGGACGAUUUACCCGAUCCCGAUUCUUUGCGUAUAAAAAUCAUCGAAAUAGAUGAUACAAGGAAACAGAAGGAGAAAGAUGACGACAACGGCGCCAUGUUUGCAAGGCAUGGCCCUCCUGGCGGACAAUCGCGAAAACCACACGCCAGUGCUGACACACAGAACAGCACGAACUGUUUCGCGAAGAGGAAGACAGCCUCCCAAAAGGCGAAUGUUGUCGAACAGACACUUAUUGUAGAGUGUUUACAAUCGUCGACGAACAGUGCAUCACCGUCCAAAUGGUGUCUUGACAGUGGCUGCACGUCUCAUCUGUGUAACGAUAAAAAUUUGUUCAUUGAGUCAGAAGAGACAAAUGGUGGACUCAAACUAGCAAGCGAUGCAGUGACGCAAGUAACCGGAAAAGGUUCUGUUCGGUUGUCAGCCUCAAAUGGUGAAGUCGAGCAAUCUUUCAAGCUUAAGGAUACUUUGCUCGUUCCGAGUUUGAGAGUGAAUUUGUUAUCCGUUUCUAAAAUCGUCGAUAAAGAAUCACAACAGGCGUGCGUAGCAGACAAAGUGACUAAAUCUAGUGCGGAAAUAUGGCACGAACGCUUGGGACACUUGAACGCAAAUGACAUGAACCUGAUGAAAAACAAACAAAUCGCGUCCGGUUUGAAUUUUACUGGCGUUGCAAAUAUGCGUGCGUGUGAGAGUGAUGUACUUUCCAGGUUCGUUGAGUUCAAAAACUUUGCGGAGACACAGACAGGACACAAAAUCAAAGCCCUCCAGUCCGACAAUGGCAAGGAAUAUUGUAAUGAAGCUAUGGACAAUGUUCUCAAAAGUUCCGGAAUCCGUCGUCGCUUGACCACGGUGCAUACACCACAACAAAACGGUGUCAACGGUGUAAAAACAGAACGCUAG